AUCAUAUAUCCUUCAAUGUAACUAAUAAUAAGAAUGGUAAUUUUUCAUCAAAAGAAAAGAAUGGCAAUUCAAGGCUACCGACUCUUUCUCCUUCUAGCCUUUCUUGGCUCCGCUGCUCAAAUUGGAGGCAAUGUGACUGACACAAUCGCCCGGAAUAGUUUCCCGGAUGGUUUUACAUUCGGAACGGCAUCAUCAGCUUACCAAUAUGAAGGUGCAGCUAAUGAAGGAGGCCGAGGACCAAGUAUCUGGGACGCUUUCACUCACCAAUAUCCAGAGAAGAUAACCGAUGGUAGUAAUGGAGAUGUCGCUGUUGAUUCAUAUCAUCGGUACAAGGAAGAUGUUCGGAUUAUGAAAGAAAUGGGUCUAGAUGCAUACAGGUUCUCAAUCUCAUGGUCCAGAGUUUUGCCAAAGGGAAAGCUAAGUGGAGGUGUCAACAAGGAAGGAAUCAAAUAUUACAACAACCUCAUCAAUGAGCUCCUAGCCAAUGGCAUCCAGCCAUUUGUGACUAUCUUCCAUUGGGAUGUUCCCCAAUCCUUGGAAGAUGAAUAUGGUGGUUUCUUGAGUCCUAAGAUUGUGGAUGAUUUUCGGGACUAUGCAGAGGUUUGCUUCAGAGAAUUUGGUGAUAGAGUGAAGCAUUGGAUCACCCUGAAUGAGCCAUGGAGCUUUAGCUAUGGUGGCUAUGCUACCGGAAGUUUGGCACCAGGUCGUUGCUCCAAUUGGCAGAAACUGAACUGCACUGGUGGAGAUUCAGGAACAGAACCGUAUCUGGUGUCCCAUCACCAACUUCUAGCUCAUGCAGCUUCAGUCAACCUGUACAGGCUAAAAUAUCAGAAAGAUCAAAAGGGUAUAAUAGGCAUUACACUAAUCUCGUACUGGAUGGUUCCAUUGUGGAACACAACACAGGACAAAGACGCUGCCGAAAGAGCACUCGAUUUUAUGUUUGGAUGGUUUAUGGAACCUAUAACAAAAGGGUAUUAUCCCAAGACUAUGGAAUUACUAGUUGGAAAGCGUUUACCAAAAUUUUCCGAAGAGGGAGCAAAGAUGCUUAAAGGGUCGAUUGAUUUUCUGGGAUUGAACUACUAUACUGCCAAUUAUGCAGCAAACGCACCUAAGCUUAAUAAUGGAAAGCCGAGCUACUUAACAGACUCUCUUGUUAUUCUUACAACUGAGCGGAACGGGAUCCCAAUUGGUCCACAGGCCGCUUCGAGUUGGCUCUACGUGUAUCCUAGAGGAAUUAAAGAUCUCUUGCUGUAUACAAAGAGGAAGUACAAUAAUCCGCUCAUUUAUAUAACUGAGAAUGGGGUUGAUGAGGUGAAUAAUUCCACACUGCCCCUAGAGGAAGCCCUUGUUGACAACGACAGGAUUUACUACUACCAACAGCAUCUUUCUUUCCUCCAAAGUGCCAUUCAGUUGGGUGUUUGGUUUGGAAUGGCUAGCAAUUGUCCUACAAAUGAUUUGGAUGAGAAUGGAGGUAAGGAGGAAGAUGGAUCUAGUGAGGAUGGAGACUAAUUGAUUGUGAGAGCCAAUGGAAAAAAGAAUGUGGGUAACGGAGUGUGAUAUGAUCGAGUGUAAGCGAAUCAUUGUUCAUAUUACUAACCUACCAAAGCUGCUAGUGCUUUAAUUGAAUGCUUUUGUUAUAGCUUAAGGAGUAGAAUGUAACAUAAUGGAAUUACUGCAACACAAUCUCAAUGCCGUUUACAUCGGGAUCGAUCAAAUCGAAUAUACAAAUCAUCACCCC